ACCUCACUAUGAUCUGGAUCCAAGACGAGACUCUUAUUAAAGCAUGACGUCUAGCCAAGGAUGUAUCUCCACCUGCGCUCUCCCCGGGGAGGUUUACCAGAUGACUGAAGGCAGACUGUGCCAAGUGCAGCUGCUGGAUGACAGGAAGCUAGAGCUGCUGGUUCAGCCUAAGCUUCUGUCGUAUGAACUCCUCGACCUGGUGUCCUCCCAUUUCAACCUCAAAGAGAAAGAAUUCUUUGGACUAGCAUUUUUCGAUGACAAUGGGCAGUGUAAGUGGUUGCAGAUGGAUCGUAGAGUCCUUGAACAUGACUUUUCAAAGAAGCCCGGGCCCAUCGCGCUCAACUUCCUGGUCAGGUUUUAUGUGGAAAACAUAACUCAGCUUAAGGACAUCAUAACUGUGGAGUUAUUCUUCCUGAAUGCAAAAUCUGCUGUAUACAAUGGUGUUAUAGAAGUAGAAAGUGAGAAUGUCUUCAAAUUAGCUGCUAAUGCUUUGCAGGAGGCUAAAGGAGACUACACAAGUGAUGAAAAUACCAGAGCUGACUUGAAGAAACUACCAACUCUUCCCACCAAAGUACUAAAGGAACACCCAUCACUUGCAUACUGUGAGGAUCGUGUAAUUGAAUAUUACAAACAACUGAAGGGAGUCUCACGAGGACAGGCCAUUGUGCAGUAUUUGACAUUAGUGGAAUCGUUGCCCACGUAUGGCGUGCAUUAUUAUGAAGUUAAGGACAAACAAGGGAUCCCAUGGUGGCUGGGACUCAGCUAUAAGGGCAUCGGUCAGUACGAUCAACAGGAUAAAUUAAAACCUCGAAAGCUCUACCAGUGGAAGCAGCUGGAAAACUUGUAUUUCCGAGAGAAAAAAUUUGCUGUAGAAGUUAAUGACCCACACAGGAGAGCUGUAACCAAGCGCACCUUUGGGCAGACGGGCCUACUCAUCCACACGUGGUAUGCCAGCCACUCUCUGAUCAAAACCAUUUGGGUAAUGGCCAUCAGCCAGCACCAGUUCUACUUGGACAGAAAGCAAAGCAAAGCUAAAAUAGGAACAGCUAGAAGUUUAGAAGAAAUUGCAAUGGAUCUCACAGAACAUGGAGGAGCGAAAAUAAACAGACUGGGAGGGCUGAAGAACAACCUCAUAACUGCCAGCAAUGGGAGUUUAGUAUCUACAGGUUCUGCAGAUUCUGAAAUGAGCGAAGAACAGAAGAAAGAGAAGCUAUCUGAGCUGAGGAAAAAAGAACAGGAGAUCCAAGAUAUUCUGGCAAAGAACAAAGAAUUGAAGAAGAUUUGCCUGAGAGAGGCGGAACUUACUGGUAAGCUGCCAAAAGAGUAUCCUCUGUCUUCAGGAGAAAGACCCCCACAGGUCCGACGACGUGUUGGCACUGCCUUCAAGUUGGAUGACCUUUUUCCCUACAAUGAGGAUCCCUUCCUAAGGAAUCUGGAAAGCAGAUUUGCCCUGCAGCAGAAGAUUGUGGAAGCAGCGAAGAAGCUUGCAAAUGAGCCAGAACUGUGUAAAACGGUGAAGAAGAAGAGAAGGAGAAACUGUUUGGAUGCCAUGCACAAACUGCAGCAGAUAGAGGACGAGAUGAACCAGUACAGAAUCAAAAAGGGAAAAAAGCCAACCCAGCGAGCCUCUAUGAUCAUUGCAGAUGAACUUGUUCACUCAGACUGUGGUUCGCUGUCUAGUCUCCCACUGGAUGAUGAUGAUUCAGACAGUGCCAGUCAGAGGCCACGUUCACGGUCGGUUCAAGAUUCUCCUCAGCUCAGUCCAAUGAGAUCACUGGGCGCAGAAUAUGAUGUGGAGAGACAGGGGUCACCAAGGGAAAAUCACAAUAACAAGAACCACAAAAGAUUAGCUCUUGAGGGACAGGAGUCUCCCCACUACUACCAGAAUCCAAGAGAGGUCUCCUCCACUCACAGUAGCCCCUAUAAAACCCUUCCCAGACCUCCUAGAGAUCCUCGCAGCAUGCCGCCCACCCCGGUUAUGACCCGCAAUGCCUACAGCAGCAGCCAGCUCAGGUCAGAGGGGUCUCCUCAUUGCUUUAGGCAUCGCAGCGGCAGUUUGGAGUCACAACCCCGGUUAAGAAAAGACACAGACUCGGAAAAACCCGUCUUUAUCUUGUCACCAGCCCAUCGCAGCAACAGCACAGAGGUGCUAGAGGAUUGCUCUUCGUACACAAGUCAGUCCAGUCUGGACUUCUGCGGGGCAAGCAACUCCCACUACAGUACACUGGACUCCCGAAACUCUACCAUGCACCGUCUCCACAGGAAGGUGGAAGUGUAUGGAAACACUGGGAGCAUGCCCAACUUGGUUCAGCACCACUCUGGUUGUAAUUAUACAUGUGACACCUCAGCACACUAUGCACCCAGUGCCUACUAUGUAUCUGGCUACCCCUGUCCGGACAUGGAGCCUUACGCAAACGGUGCCUACGUGUACGAGAACGAGGUCGAAGGUCACUACAACCUCAACCCUUCCUAUCAGAUCAAUGGGUACCACGGACAUGACAGAUACAGGCAUUACAGCAGUGACCACGCAGACGGCCUCUCCCAGAAUCCCUAUGCGACGGUGAGGCCCCCACGAACCAGGGAAGGGCCUCGAACUGAGCUGCUGGCAAAGAAUAUGCAGAAGGCUUUAGUUGCAGAGCAUCUGAGAGGUUGGUACCACCGGAGCAGAGGCACCAGGGAUGGAGGGAGGGGAAUGCUGGCUGCAUAUGACUACGACAAUGGAUCCCAACUCAGCCUGGGCUACCAGACGAUGCCAGCAGCCUUCAGCCACUCCAGCAGAACCACAUCUUUCUCCUCAGUGUCCUCAGUGGAAAGCGCAGGGAACUGGCGCAACCAGCUGGCAGUCGGCCUAACCGAGUUUGAUCCGCCCGACACACCUCAGUACCCUCAAGGUGCACCUACGUCUCCAUACAACCGCAGCCCCUCCCACAGCAGAUUUCCUCCAGAAAGCAAAGUGUCCAAGUCUGACACAAUGCCUAAAAAAUCUGAAUCAGUUGAGGUGGUUGGUGCUGAGGCCACUAGUACAGAUGAACCUUCAGACAACCACUCUAGCACUUAAGGAUUUUACCUGGAUGGAAGCUACAUGAGCAUCCACUGAGGAGGACCAAACCAAACUUUGGCACAAAUUAAGCCGUGGCCAUCAGCACAUGAGGGGGAUGAAGUUAAAAAUAGUCUGUAUGCUUACAUUUUGUUUUGCUGCCAUAAAUAACUUGUCCUGGGAGAUGCUCCGUUCAUCAGGCUGGGGCAGAGUCUAGGUGUACGCUGAGGUUAAACUGACCUCUGAACACAGUGAUGACCCUCUUGAAUGACUUUCCCAUGUGCCUUGGAUUGGAUGAAUUGUAUAGGCAGAUGAGAAUGUGUCAAAGAUAUUACAGAUGUUGCACAACCUCACAGGAUCCAAACCCUAUGCGUAUCAAGAUGAAAAAAAGGCAACGUACAUUUUUACUAAAUCCAACUUCAUGUAUUUUAACAGGAACAAGCUACUGCCUUAUAUGAAACAGUAGAUUACAGAAUAAAGAUGACUUUCACCAUUUUCAUCUCGGUAAAGUACUGUAUGUAAUAAUCUUAAAUAUAAGAUCCCAGUGUUACCUGACAAAAGCUGAAUGGGUCACUCAUUAGAAUAGACUGUGUAUUUGAUAAAUUUCCAUAUCUUCUUUUCUCUAAACUUUGAAUCAGAACGUAUUAUGUCGAUAAUGUUUAUAGAACCAUUUGUCUUUGUUGGUGCCGUAAUGUGUUUUCAGAUGCAUGUUGAGGAAAUGGAUUUUUGAUAACGACUUCAGUCUUUUUUAUAUUUUAACAGAACACCACUGCCGUAAAAAAAGAGCAUAUCCAUGUUUGCU